UUUUGCAGAUUCUAAGUUCUGCGGUGUCAUAUUUUACGUUAUUAAGAAAUCACGCAGGCGAUGUAUAACUACUACGAUACAACAGUGUCCGAUACACAGAAAAUAUAUGCGGGAGAAUUUAAUUUCAGACAAUAGUUACAUAUGUUUUUGUUAAAAUAGAAAAUAAAAUUAAAGAGAUAUUUCAUUACCAAAUAAAUCUAAGUAUGUAUUGUACAGUGUACAUUAUUGUGCAUAUUGUAGUUAAUAACGUUUCGUAUUGUAAUCGUCCGAAAUUGAGGUAAGUAUUUUGUAUUACACACAAGACUUCGCGCAACCUUACACACAUAUUACACAACUGUAUACCUCAUAGGUAACACAAAGGAAAAAAACAAUUUUUCAUAAUAACCACAGUGCAAUAACAUCAAAUAAUUCCGAUUUCACCAUUUUCAUUCUUCCUUUUUUUGUAGCAACAAAACAUAAAAACAAAGCAUUUUCCAUUUUACCACUAAUUUCAUAAAAAGCGAACGACGUCUAGCGUCUAGCUAUAUAACACCUCGCUUGUACCUUCAGUCCAGGAAAUAAUGAUCCAUAAUACGCGCCGGCCCCAUAAAUAACGCAACAGACGUCAAUCAAAUACAUGGUGAACCUGUUAUUUUCUUUUUCUGUUUUUUACGUUUCGGGUUAUUCGUAACACUUCCCUGACAAAUAGAUUAAAAACAAAGAAAAAGAAGAGAGAAUAAACAAACAGCAAGAAAUUAAAAACGCGAAGCAACUAUAGUUACAGAGUUUCAUAUGAUACGUAAGUGAUAGCUUUAGACGGUUGACGAUCAAACGGAACGAACAUGCAAACGGAACAAGAGUUGGACAUAUCGAUGAGAUUGUCGGCUUUCUUCUUAAAGCACAUUGGCCUAUGGAUAGCUAAUGAUCCCGCGGAUGAACGCCGGAUGAAAAUUAUAUUCACCUACACAAUUUGGAAUUUGAUAUUUGGCAUGAUCGUCUUGAGCAGAGAUUUGUAUUUUACUUGGUUCUACAAUGGCGAUACGCUUUAUGCUCUUGCGAAUACUAUGAGUUUGAUACUGUCCUCAGUCAAGGUAUGCGUUAUAGUGAUACACAAAAAGGAAUUUAUGAACCUCGUCGUGUACAUGGAACAACAUUUUAUGGCUGUUAAAUACGAUAUUCACGAGAAAGAAAUUUUGGAUAAUUGCAGAAAGAUUUGCGCCCUUUUCAUCUCUAGCGUUACCACCAUUGGAAUAUGUGCUAUACUAUCUUAUAUAACCACGCCUUUUAUUGCACAAAUUGGAAACAAUGAAUCCACAAGGGAACUUCCAUUUAAUAUGUGGAUAGGUAUUUUGUCAGAAUCUCCUUACUAUGAACUAAUAUUUUUUGCGCAGAUUAUGAGUCUAUCUUAUAUAGGAAUCUGCUACUUCUGCUUCGAUAAUGUUUUCUGCGUCAUGGCCAUACACUUAGGCGGUCAAUUUCGCAUACUUCGAUAUAGAUUUUCAGAACUGUGUAACAUAAAAUAUCAGAUAAGCGAGCAAGAUAAAAUGUCGAUACUGACGAAGCAUGUACACAGAACUUACGAGACAUUUAGGAAGUACGUUCAACAACAUCAAGCACUGAUCAAUUAUUACAAUUCGCUAGAAAACGUGUACACGGUGAUUAUACUUAUACAGGUGCUGGUAUUUAGCGUGUUAAUUUGCCUGUUCGGUUAUCAAGUGUUAUUGGCUAAUACUAACUCUGCAAGACGUUCCAUUUUCGUCUUUCUCCUAAUCGGCGCGUUGUCCUUAUUGUUUAUGUUCACCUAUAGCUGCGAUGAUGUAAUAGAACACAGUGAUAACGUUGCUAUAGGAGCAUAUUCAGCGCUGUGGACGAUUAUGCCAAUGAACAAACAUGGGAAGAUGCUUCGAAACGAUUUGAUAAUGACAAUAGAGCGGUCCAGGCGAGUCUGUUGUUUGACCGCAAAUGGAUUUUUUCCUGUAUCGCUGGAAACUUAUACUAAGGUCGGUACAAUACCUAUAAGAAACACAGUACGUUAUGGUCUUCCUCGAUUACCAAACGUCAAUCUUUUCUUCCGCUUUUUUCUUUCUUACAAUUGGUAACGAGAAAUAUACGAGUGUGAAAACGAUCCACGAUGUUUAAAAUACAUGU